AUAGCCGUGGAACUGCACUGCAUUGCACAACGUGAGUAGAGCACGAGGCCGUGUGAAGUGGCGGAAAUACACGGAUUUGUUUUAAUGGCGUGUAGAUGAGUGGUGAGGGUCAGUGAGGUUUCCCGCGGGCAUGGGCAGUGUGUUGGCUGCCACUUCUCCAAACCCCCCUGCUUCAGGGAGUGCCAGCAGCCAGGGGGGUCCAGGCCUGACGGUGCCUCCUGGCUUCACCAUGCCCUCCAUGCCAUCGUCUCUGGGCACCAGCGCACAGGCUGGCACAGACACCGAGCCCUCUCCCUCCAACCCGGGCACGUUUGAGGAGUGCCAUCGGAAAUGCAAAGAGGUCUUCCCGUUGCAGAUGGAAGGCGUUCGACUGGUAGUCAACAAGGGUUUAAGUAAUCACUUCCAGGUGAGCCAUACAAUUACGCUGAGUACCAUGGCAGAAUCCGGCUACAAGUUUGCAGCAACGUAUGUUGGGAGCAAGCAGACCGGGCCUGCCGAGUCAUUUCCAGUAAUGGUUGGUGACAUGGAUAACACGGGCAGUCUCAAUGCACAGAUUAUUCACCAGCUGACCACACACGUCCGCUCCAAAGUGGCUCUGCAGACACAGCAACACAAGUUUGUGAACUGGCAGUGUGAUUCUGAGUAUCGCGGAGACGACUUCACUGCUGCUGUAACACUGGGCAAUCCAGAUGUUCUUGUUGGAUCUGGGAUUUUAGUGGCUCAUUACCUUCAGUCGCUGUCACCUGCCUUGGCUUUGGGGGGUGAGCUGGUGUACCACAGGAGACCUGGAGAGGAAGGCACUGUCACCUCCUUCGUGGGCAGAUACACAGGCAGCAAUUACGUGGCGACGCUGACUGUUGGAGGAGCGGGGGCUCAUGCGUCUUACUACCACAAAGCAAACGAUCAGUUGCAAGUUGGGGUGGAGUUUGAGGCGAGCGCACGCAUGCAAGAAACAAGCGCGACUUUUGGCUAUCAGGUGGAUCUGCCCAAAGCUAAUCUUCAGUUUAAAGGUUCGUUAGACAGUAACUGGGUGGUAGGGGCUACGCUGGAGAAGAAGCUGCUGCCUCUCCCAUUGUCUCUGGCCCUCGGCGCCUUCCUGAACCAUCGCAAAAACAAGUUUCAAUGCGGUUUCGGAGUUACUAUCGGUUAGACUUGCACCAGGAGCGACAAAUCGCUUACGAUCUGCAUUUCAAGCAGACUCUGACUGGUGCAGAGAGACAGGAGGACAUGGACCAACAACUAAACGGACUCAGAUUCUCCCACAAUCACUGGGGUUAAACCUCACACGGACUCACGAGGACAACAAUAAAUCAAGCAGAAGUGAGCGACAUUUCACCUUUGCCGAUCUACAUCAUGUGAAAAUAAAUGGCUCAUGAUCAGACAACAUUAAAAUAUUUAAAAUUUU